AUGAAUCAUUCUUUGGGCUUCAUGCUUGCUGAUCAUGAUGUUGAUGUUUGGGUUGGAAAUGUGUGUGGGACUCGUUGGAGUCAUGGACAUAUAUCUUUAUCUGAGAAAGAUAAGGGGACGAUCUUGUCUCUGGCUGCUUUUACUCAGCCAGAGAUGGUGAAAAUGGUCGAAGCUGCUGCACUUCUUUGCCCCAUAUCAUACUUGGAUCAUAUUACUGCUCAAUUUCCUCUGAGAUUGGUUAAAAUUCGUGUGGACAAGGUGAUUCGUGCAUUGGGCAUUCAUGAACUUAAUUUUAAGAGUAAUCUGCUAACUGGCCUCAUGGUGAAGCAGUCAGUUGUCAUCAAAUCUCAUUUGUUUUUCACCACUUUUCUCCAUGAACCACACCCAUUGACAACUCAAUUUUACUUUGCAGGGAAAAACUAUUGCUUCAACAACUCUCGGGUAGAUAUCUAUCUUGAAUAUGAACCACAACCAUCAUCCUCAAAGAACUUGAACCAUCUUUUCCAAAUGAUUCUUAAGGGUACUUUUGCAAAAUAUGACUUCGGAAAGUUGAGAAACAUGAUGAAAUAUGGGCAAUUGAAACCCCCUGUAUUUGAUCUUAGUCACAUACCCGAUUCAUUGCCAUUAUGGCUGGGUUAUGGGGGACUCGAUGCCUUGGCAGAUGUGAACAAUGUGGAGCGCACUCUAAAAGAACUGCAGUCGAAGCCUGAAUUGCUUUAUCUGGAGAACUAUGCUCACUUAGAUUUUCUUUUGAGUGUAAGGGCAAACGAAGAUGUGUAUGAUCAUAUGAUUAGAUUUUUUAAGUCACUGGGAAAGGUUAGGAGUUCUUAA